AUGGCGCAGACGAAGAAGAGGAGGAACAACGGUCGGGCCAAGAAGGGCCGCGGCCACGUCCAGCCCAUCCGCUGCACCAACUGCGCCCGCUGCGUCCCCAAGGACAAGGCCAUCAAGAAGUUCGUCAUCAGGAACAUCGUUGAGGCUGCGGCCGUCAGGGACAUCUCGGAGGCCAGCGUCUUCGAUUCCUAUGUCUUGCCUAAGCUGUACGUGAAGCUGCACUACUGCGUCAGCUGUGCCAUCCACAGCAAAGUGGUGCGGAACCGCUCGCGGGAGGCCCGCAAGGACCGGACCCCUCCACCCCGCUUCAGACCAGCUGGUGCUGCCCCCCGGCCCCCCCCAAAGCCUAUGUGAGGAGACUCCGGCCGAACGCGUCCCACCCGUGCACAAACUUAAUAAAGGAAC